UGGCGAGCAGAAACCCCAGCUCAGUUGGCAGAUCCCAGACCGACCUGUGACCUGAUGACUGCAGCGAACUGAAGGGGCUCUUUCGAGCGUUGGGUGAUAUCCAAGCUUCUUUUUUCCGCAUGCUCCCACGCACUUCAGCAUACCAUCCCCCAGACCGCCAAACCUCGCAGCGACAUGCGGACCCCCGAGCUGCGCUGCUAGAAUAGCCGGUGUUCGACUGAGUGUCUUGUGCUUAUGCACAGCCUUGAGCCUUGAAUUGCGAGUCUAGGCUCGGGUUGGUCUGGGAAGUAGCACGAUACCCCCGAGCUCAUAGUGACAUCUCGGCCUUCGGGAGUGCACUACGGAUUGGGUAACUCGGGGUGUACAUCUGCCAUGGUUCCUUUUCGACGGUUAUCGCAGAGAGGCAGACGCAGCUUGGAACACGAUCGCGACGCCUUCGAAUGGCACGACGAGCGCGACGAACACAUCAUGACGGCUACGUUUCCGAUCCACCCGCUGCCAUCCAUGCAGGCGCCCUUUGAGGAAUCCAUGCUCGAUGCAACAGGCGAGACAGGGCAUGUGCCCUUCGUGAACCCGAAGAAAAGUGUCAAGACUCGGCAGCUAUUGUUGUGUAGAGAUGAGGGAGCUGCAGAACCCUCGUGGAACUUCACAUACAACUGCCAUUGGAGGAACAACCCAAAGGGCAAGUUCCAUCCCCUAGUGAAGACAGUCACCCAGAUCGUCUUUGGCCUACACUUGUUGCACCAGCAUCUGGAGAAGUCGGUCGCUGAUGUUGCGGAUAUUCUACUCAAGCAUGUCAACGAGCUCGACAGUUUCCUGCAGCGGGCGAACGAAGACCUCGAGAGUAGUCUGAAAGAUAUGCUAUUCAGGCACAAGUGCUUGAAGGUACCUAUGGAACACGUAAACGAGUUCGAUCGACUCCUCGAAGACCGCGCCUAUCGAGCUCAACUACUCGACGGCAACGUAGUUAUCGAACGCACCAUUGGGCGCAUGUCUGAGAUGCUGAACGACUAUCUGAUCGAUAUAAAUACCUUCCAAGAAGCGAACCAAAAGCUCGACCUCUACUUGCUCGACAUUGGUGAUGCGUGGGCAUAUCACAACGAGGAUGUUGGGAGGAUAUAUUCGGCCAUGUGUGGCAAUACCGGAGGCUGGUCGCAAUUCUUGCAGAGCUUGGUUGCCAAAGCAGAGAAACUGGGCGUAGUGCUUGUGCAAGUGAGCAGUUACUGCAACGAAAUUGAGAAGCGGUGUGGCGCUGCCAGCCGACGUAGCAUGAUCGCAACACGAACCUCAUCGCGAAACUCGUCCAAUUCGCGCGACAAUGGGCGCGGGUUCCGUAAUGUUGCGAACAACAAGCCUCUCCCAACAACUCCGAGCGAGCGACCGCCAUUCAUGACAUCGCCAAACAAUGGUAGCGCAACUCCUCCCGAUACCGAACCUCCCCAGCGGUUUUCUCAAGCACAAAAGCCCAAACCUCAGCUCCAGCCAGACGUCCUUCAUACAUCCGACUGUACCGCAGAUACCCCAAAACGAAGCGAGGAAUUCGCAUCUACAUCAGCAACCUUGAGUACUGACGUAGAUGUACGACGCCAGACAGCGUCCAAGCAACCCGAGUACUACCACGAAGCCUGGCACAGCGACGACCAACGUGGCCGCGCCGCACCACAAGUAGACUCCGGUCGCACGAGCCGACUCUUUGGGCAUCGGCGGAACCUAUCUAAUAAAAGCACAGAAGAGACAUUGUUAACGCCAAAUCGGCUACCCACCAAACCAGACGACACCCCACCUCUGACUGGAAAAGACUCGGCGUACUCGUCUGUAUCUGGCGCUUCGGGUAUGUCACCUACGGUUGCGUCGCCGCGAUCGGCCUCGUCGAUGUCGUCAAGACAGACGGCGCAGUUUGGGCUGUUUCCGAGUCGGAACCUUACGCCCAAGAGCUCUGUCUCGGGGCGACUGGGUGCUAUGUCUCCUGCGUUUGGACCGACGCUGCGCUCGGCCAAAUCUGCGGAAUCGCCGACUGGUAGUCGCCCUACAACGUCUAUGAGCAAUUUCUCGGAUGCCAGCUCGAGUAAGCGGUUGAGCAAGAGGAGUAGUUUUACGAGCUUGAAGAGGCUGUUUUCGAAGAAGAAGCCGGGGGAUAUAGAUAGCAUUGCUGAGUGACGUCCCUUCUCUGUUCGUUCGUUGCCUUCUUUCCUCAAACGGCCUUUUGUCUUGCGCCGUUAGGUUAUAUACCCCUUUGAUUGCUCUUCUCUUCUCUUCUCUUCGUUGAGUGUGUCUAUUAAACUUCUCUGUGCACUCUUCUGGCGGCCACUAUUCGUGGCUCUCUUGGGUCGUAUACCGCCUUUUUCAUAGCCGUAAUGUCAUGACGAACAAUGUGUAAAGGGUCUGGAUAGUCUAUGGGUACUGCACAGGGGAAUCGUGGAAGGAAGUGGAGGAGAGCUUCGUUGCUGGCGUACUGCGUCACGCCUGGGGCUGCGAAAUAGGGAGGGUGUUGCAGGUAUGGGAAAGGCGCUAUGCGGCAGGUAG